CUUGCAUUUUAAGUUUCAGCAAGUUGUCAUUUGCUUAUAUAGCUUUUAUCAGAUUUGGAAUUCAGACAUAUUUACUCCUGCAAAAAAUACAAAAGUUAAGAGAAUAUCAUAGGCUAGUUCCUAUACUGCCUAGACUAAAGCUAUGAAUUUAAUAGUUUGUUCUAAGUCUGUCUGGGAUUGAUAGGAGACAGUAGCUCAGCAAGUGACUAAAACUAAGGGCUCUGAGGAUGUAGCUCAGUGCUAGAACACUUGUUACCCAAUAUAUGUGAGGUCCCAAAAUCCUUAGAAACCCUUCCAUCAAAAAGGGGGAAGGAAGUCAAAAGAUUAUAUUCAAGAACAUAUACAAAGUUGAAUAAUAAUGAUACUCAAUGAGUAGUUUUAGCUGUCCAUAGGAAGAUGGCAUAUAUAUUUGGGUGUGCAAGAAGUGUUUCCCAAUUGAGAUGUCAUAGAAAGUGGUUGAUCCAGAUGAGAAAAGCUACCUGAAAUGCUAUCUGAGACCAUUAAAGUGCUUUGAGGAUUAGCCAUUCAUGUUACAUCUACAGAUUAUAUUAAUAGAACACCAAUAUGUCUGAGAGUUUUAGAAACGCGCUUUAUAUUUUGAGAAUUGUUUCUACAGGCAUUCUCUGGUAAUUUAGGAUAGAGCCUCAGUAAAAAUUUGUGAUAGUAUGUCUUAUUAUAAUUAUGAUAUAAAAUUUGGAGGUAAUAUGUUUAUAUAGAAUUGAAAGAAUCUUAAAGUUCUAAAUAUAAAGAAAGGCUAGGUGAGUAGUUUCUUUCACUCUGCCUUCCAUUAAUUUCCCUUUCUCAUUUGUUUUGUUGGUUCUAUGUUUUCUCCUUGUUUGUACAGAUGUUCCAUUGGGGCUGUUUACCAGAUUGCUUUCUAAAUUAGCCAGCUGGGGUUACUUUAAAAAACAUGCUCCAUGUGCAUCCCUCUUGAAGCUUCGCACUCUGUUGAAGAGGACACUCAUCCCAGUCACUAUUUAGAAGCAAGAUGCUUGAAUGAGAGAGAUUAUCGGGACCGGAGAUACAUUGAUGAAUACAGAAAUGACUACUGCGAAGGAUAUGUUCCAAGACAUUACCAUAGAGACGUUGAAAGCACUUACCGGAUCCAUUGCAGUAAAUCCUCAGUCAGAAGCAGGAGAAGCAGCCCUAAGAGAAAGCGUAAUAGACCCUGUGCAAGUCAUCAGUCGCAUUCGAAGAGCCACCGAAGGAAAAGAUCCAGGAGUAUAGAGGAUGAUGAGGAGGGUCACCUGAUCUGUCAAAGUGGAGACGUUCUAAGAGCAAGAUAUGAAAUCGUGGACACUUUAGGUGAAGGAGCCUUUGGCAAAGUUGUAGAGUGCAUUGAUCACGGCAUGGAUGGCUUACAUGUAGCAGUGAAAAUUGUAAAAAAUGUAGGCCGUUACCGGGAGGCAGCUCGUUCUGAAAUCCAAGUAUUGGAGCACUUGAACAGCACUGACCCCAACAGUGUCUUCCGAUGCGUCCAGAUGCUAGAAUGGUUUGAUCAUCAUGGUCAUGUUUGUAUUGUGUUUGAGCUGCUGGGACUUAGUACCUAUGAUUUUAUUAAAGAAAAUAGUUUUCUGCCAUUUCAAAUUGAUCACAUCAGGCAAAUGGCUUAUCAGAUCUGCCAAUCUAUAAAUUUUUUACAUCAUAAUAAAUUAACACACACGGACCUAAAACCUGAAAAUAUUUUAUUUGUGAAGUCUGACUAUGUCGUCAAAUACAAUUCUAAAAUGAAACGAGAUGAGCGCACAUUGAAAAACACAGAUAUCAAAGUUGUUGAUUUUGGAAGUGCAACAUACGACGACGAACAUCAUAGUACUUUGGUGUCCACAAGGCACUACAGGGCUCCAGAGGUGAUUUUGGCUCUAGGUUGGUCUCAGCCUUGUGAUGUUUGGAGCAUAGGCUGCAUUCUUAUUGAGUACUACCUUGGGUUCACAGUCUUUCAGACUCACGAUAGUAAAGAGCAUCUGGCAAUGAUGGAGCGGAUCUUAGGACCCAUCCCAGCACAUAUGAUCCAGAAGACAAGGAAGCGCAAGUAUUUCCACCAUAACCAGCUAGAUUGGGACGAGCAUAGUUCAGCUGGGAGAUAUGUUAGGAGACGCUGCAAGCCGUUAAAGGAAUUUAUGCUGUGUCACGACGAAGAGCACGAGAAGCUGUUUGACCUGGUUCGAAGAAUGUUGGAGUAUGACCCAGCGAGAAGGAUCACCUUGGAUGAAGCGUUGCAGCACCCUUUCUUUGACUUAUUAAAAAGGAAAUGAGUGGGAGUCAGGGGUCUUCUGUGUACUUCUCUAGGAGCAGUUACUUCCAGACUGUGUCAGUCAACUAAACAUUCUAAUAUUUUUGUAAACAUUAAAUUAUUUUGUACAGUUAAGUGUAAAUACUGUAUGUUUUGUAUCAAUAGCAUAACUACCUUGUUAAGUAUGGUGUUGAUAAUGAAUGCAAUAUAAGAGUUACAAUGAAUUUUCCUUUGGAUGUUAAUUGCCGCUUUAAAGGCUUUUAGAAUGCCCUUUGUGUCCAGUGAUAAACGUGAUUGGUCUCGUCUUUUGUACAUGAGGGUUGACUCUGAAGUGAUUUUUUUUUUUUCCUCAAGUAAAAGGAAAUCUUGACCACUU